AUGGCGCCGAUAAAGCGCAAGGGGAAUGCCCCCGAAGAAACGGCUGCCCGUCAGCCCCAAAAGCGCGCCAAGGUCGGAGCAGAGGAGUUCAAGGACCAGAAGCCCAAGGAUACCGCCCCGAAGGCUUCGGAGCUCUCCAUUCUGCGUGAUGAUGAACCAUCUUUCCCCCGUGGUGGUGCUAGCGUUUUAACCCCAUUGGAGCGCAAACAAAUUCAGAUCCAGGCUACCAAGGAUGUCCUAUUUGAACAAAAGGGCUCCAAGGGUCCCAAGAAACCCACCCGCCAACAUGACGACGAAAACGACGAUGAGGAUGAAGACGACGUUGAUAUGGAGGAUGAAGACACCACAGCCCCCGCCAAGAAGUCCCGCAAGAAGAAGACCAAGGGCAAGAAGUCCGAUGAUAAGGAAACUGCAGAGAAGGUUGCUCGCAUUGAGUCCCUUAGUUUUAAGCGCAUUGCGGCUGGAUCCAUGAUCCUUGGUCAAAUCACAAGCAUCAGCACCCACGAACUCGCAGUCUCUCUACCAAACGGUCUUGUUGGCUUCGUCCCUCUCACCUCCAUCUCGAAGGUCUUGGAUGAUAAGAUCGAGAAGUUGCUCAAUGAUGAAGGAAGCGACGACGAGGACAGCUCAGACGAAGACUCUAUCGAUCUCAAGGACUACUUCUACAUCGGACAGUACAUUCGUACCUACGUUAUUUCCACUGGCACCGAGGCCGCCGAGGCCGGUGUUCGCAGCAAGAAGCGUCUCGAGCUCUCGAUUGAUCCCAAACAGGCAAACACCGGUCUGUCCAAAUCUGAUUUGGUGGUUGACACAGCUAUUCAGGCCUCUGUUGUCAGUGUGGAGGACCACGGUCUGGUUAUGGACCUUGGAAUUGAGGGUGCGGAGCUUAAGGGUUUCAUGUCCUCGAAGGAAGUCGACCCUCGCGUGGAUUAUCACAGUAUUAAAGAAGGUUCAGUCUACCUGUGCAUGGUCACUGGCCAAAAUUCCAGCGGCAAUGUCAUCAAGCUUUCUACCAACCUUCAGUCCGCCGCUUCUAUCAAGAAGUCCCACUUCCUCAGCGCCGCUCCCACAAUCGGCUCUUUCCUUCCUGGUGUCGCUGCUGAGAUCCUUUUGACCGAGGUCACUGAGAGCGGCUUGAUGGGAAAGAUCAUGGGUAUGCUCGAUGCUACCGUUGACCUGGUUCAAUCCGGUGCCAACGAUGGAAAGGUUGACCUGGUCCGGAAGUAUAAGAUCGGAGCCAAGAUCAAGGGUCGUAUUAUCUCAACCUUCCCGUCUGCUGAGCCUUUCAAGGUUGGCUUUUCUAUCCUGGACCACGUUCUCAAGCUCUCCUCUGAGUCUUAUGGCCCUGGUUCAUCUACCGAGGCACCUGCUAUCUCCGCAAUCGUCCCGGAAGCCAAGGUCAUCAAGGUGGACCCUGGCAUGGGUGUUUACGUCCAGAUCGGCGAAACCAAGCACAUUGGUUUCGUUCACAUCUCCCGACUUUCAGAUGGUAAAGUCGAGUCGAUCUCGGAUGAUGAAGGUGCGUUCCAGGUCGGUGCUACUCACGAAGCCCGUAUUGUCGGUUACAACACCCUGGACAACCUUUACCUUCUCUCUUUUGAGAAGACAGUUAUUGAACAGCCUUUCCUCCGCCUUGAAGAUGUUACUGUCGGUGCCAUCGUUAAGGGUAAGGUCGACAAGAUCUUGAUUGGACCUACUGGCAUGGACGGUUUGAUUGUUGGCCUUGCAGAUGGUAUUUCCGGCCUUGUUCCCUCGAUGCACUUUGCAGACUCUCAGCUCCAGUUCCCGGAGAAGAAGUUCCGUGAGGGUAUGAAGAUCUCUGCGAGAAUCUUGUCCGUCAACUUGGAGAAACGCCAAAUUCGGUUGACACUCAAGAAGAGUCUGCUCAACAGCGAGUCCGCUAUCUGGAAAGACUACAAGGACAUCCUGGCCGGUGCUCAGUCCCCCGGAACCAUUGUCAACCUCCAGACUCACGGUGCUGUCGUUCAGUUCUACGGUACCAUCCGUGGUUUCCUUCCUGUGUCCGAAAUGAGCGAGGCCUACAUUAAGGACCCCGCUCAGCAUUUCAAGCUUGGUCAGGUUGUCAAUGUGCACGCCUUGAGCGUGGAUGCAUCCCAGGGUAGACUUGCAGUCUCCUGCAAGGACCCAUCUACUUUCACUGACAAAUACCGCAAGGCUUUUGAAGAUAUCCACCCCGGUCUGCUCAUUGCUGGAACUGUCUUUGAGAAGACCAACGAUGAUCUCCUCCUCAAGCUCGAUGAAUCCGGACUUGUGGCUCGUCUGGACGUGCAGCACAUCAUUGACGGCUCGCCAUCCAAGCAGAGCUCUACUUUGUCGAAGAUUCGUGUAGGCCAGAAGUUGAACGAUCUUAUGGUUCUUGACAUCAAGCGUGCCCACCGUCUUAUCCAAGUCACCGCCAGAGCCAGCCUCAAGAAGGCUGCCAAGUCAAAGUCCAUGCCCAGCCAGUUCACUGAUCUUCAAGAGGGCGCAGCUGUUACCGGAUUUGUCCGUAACAUCACCCCUGCUGGAUUGUUCAUCGAAUUCCUGGGUGGUCUGACUGGUCUUGUCCCCAAGCGUCUGAUUGAAGAAGCCAACCUUUCUCAGGCCGAGUUUGGUCUAUCCAAGGGCCAGACCAUUUCAGUGACAGUUCACUCUGUCGAAAAUGACGUCCAGCGUUUCAUCUUGAGCCAGAAGUCCGCCGAGGCCCCUGUUGAGUCUUCUAAGAAGACCAAGACUCUCAAUCAGCCCGAUAAUGCUCUCGCGAACGCAGUCGAUGAUUCUGUCAAGACACUUUCCGACCUCACCUUUGGCAGACUUGUCAAAUGCAAGGUCAUCUCUAUCAAAUCGACCCAGGUCAAUGUUCAGCUUGCAGAUAACAUCCACGGCCGUAUCGACGUGUCUGAGGUCUUCGACAAGUGGGAUGAUAUCAAGGAUCGGAAACAACCCCUUCGGUUUUUCAAGGCCAAGCAGGAGCUGUCUGCUAAAAUCUUGGGUGUCCAUGAUGCACGCAACCACAAGUUCCUUCCUAUCUCUCACCGCAGUGGCAAGUACCCUGUCUACGAGCUCUCCCUUAAGCCUAGCUUCCUCAAAGCUGCCAACCCCGAGCUUUUGAACAUGGAUCAAGUCAAAGUUGGAUCAUCAUGGAUGGGCUUCGUCAACAACGUUGCCGAGGACAGCCUCUGGAUUAACCUCUCCCCCAAUGUUCGGGGCAGACUUCGUUUCAUGGAUGCGUCAGAUGAUUUGUCUCUUCUGACAGAUGUCGAGAAGAACUUCCCCAUUGGAUCCGCACUGAAGGUCCAAGUCACGGCUGUCAACGCCGAUAAGGGUCACUUGGAUCUUUCUGCCAAGCAGGGCAUUGAUAAGCUUACCUUCGAUGACAUCUCUGUCGGCAUGAUCUUGCCUGGUCGCGUCACCAAGGUGACUGAGAAGCAGUUGAUUAUGCAGCUUAAUGAUGCACUUGUUGGUGCUGUCAACAUGCUCGAUCUGGCCGAUGAUUACUCCAAGGCCAAUCCAACUUUGCACCAAAAGAACGAGGUUCUGCGGGCUUGCGUUGUUGCUGUCGACAAGUCCCACAAGAAGAUCAACCUGUCACUUCGCCCUUCCAAGGUCAUGAGCUCGUCUCUCUCCGUUCAAGAUCGUGAGAUCUCUUCUAUCAAGGACCUCAAGCCUAAUGAUGUUGUUCGAGGUUUUGUCAAGCGCGUUGCCGAUUCUGGUCUGUUUGUCGCUGUUGGCCAGGAUGUCACUGCCUACGUUCGUGUCUCUGACCUCUCUGAUUCUUACCUCAAGGAAUGGAAGGAUUCCUUCCAAGUGGAUCAGCUUGUCAAGGGCCGUGUUACCGUGGCCGAUGCCGAGCAGGGUAAGCUGCAGAUGAGCUUGAAGGAGUCCGUCUUGGACCCUAACUUCAAGGCCUUGAUCACUCUCCAGGAUCUUAAGGUCGGCCAAGUUGUUACCGGAAAGGUUCGCAAGGUUGAGGAGUUUGGUGCAUUCAUUGUUGUGGAUGGAUCCAAGAACGUCAGCGGUCUUUGUCACCGCAGCGAGAUGGCCGACAAGCGCAUUCAAGAUGCCCGUAAGCUGUACGAUGCAGGUGAUGCUGUCAAGGCCAAGGUCAUCAAGAUCGAUCUCGAGCAAGGAAAGGUCUCCUUCUCUCUCAAGGCCUCCCACUUCCAGGAUGAGGAUAGCGAAGAUGAGGAAAUGAGCGAAGAUGGCCUCGGCGGCGUCGAGCUUGGAGAGGAUGCCAGUGACGAUGAUGACAUCUCCAUGGGAGGUGUGGAUGUUGACGAGGAUAGUGAUGAGGAUGAGGAUGAGGACGAGGAUGAGGAUGAUGAGAGCGACGACGAUGUUGCUAUGACCGGUACCAAGCCUUCCAAGGUCGGUGGACUUGGUGCUUCUGGUUUCGACUGGAAUGGCAAUGCUCAGGAGGCAACCGAGACUGCUGUCAUUGACAGCGAUGACGAAGGCUCCAAGAAGAAGAAGAAGAAGAACCGUAAGGCUGAGAUCCAGGUUGAUCGUACCGGCGAUUUGGAUGCCAACGGCCCACAGACCGUUGCUGACUACGAGCGUCUUCUUCUUGGUGAAUCCGACUCCUCGCUCUUGUGGCUGCAGUACAUGGCAUUCCAGCUCGAGUUGGGUGAGGUCGAAAAGGCCCGCACCAUUGCCGAGCGUGCCCUCCGUACCAUCACCAUGGGUCAGGAUUCCGAGAAGUUGAACAUCUGGGUGGCCUUGCUGAACAUGGAAAACACAUACGGCGAUGACGAUAGCCUCGAGGAGGUGUUCAAGCGCGCAUGCCAGUUCAACGAUCCCGAAGAGAUCUACGAGCGCAUGAUCAGCAUCUACAUCCAGUCCGGAAAGAACGAGAAAGCGGAUGAUCUCUUCCGAACUGCCAUGAAGAAGAAGAUUUCAAACCAGUCUCCCAAGUUCUUCCUCAACUACGCCACCUUCCUCUUCGACACUUUAGCCGUCCCCGAUCGUGGCCGCGGUCUUCUCGGACGUGCCCUGCAAUCACUUCCCCCGCACACACACAUUGAAACCACCUCCAAAUUUGCACAACUGGAAUUCCGGUCCGCCAACGGUGACCCGGAGCGUGGUCGCACCGUGUUUGAAGGUCUUCUGUCCUCAUUCCCCAAGCGCAUUGACUUGUGGAACGUGCUUCUGGAUCUGGAAAUCAGUGCCGGUGAUGCGGAGCAAGUCCGCCGUCUAUUCGAGCGUGUCCUUGGACUGCAGAACAAGAAGGGUGUCAUCAGCGUGGACGCUAGCAAGAAGCUCAAGCCCAAACAGGCCAAGUUCCUGUUCAAGAAGUGGCUUACUUAUGAGGAGAUCCUGGCUUCUGCCAGCGGUAACGAAAAGAUCGUCGAGGACAUCAAGGCGCGGGCAGCGGCCUACUUCAUCUCUCUCACAUUUGGUAUCGUUCUCUCGUUCUUUCCUGACGAGUACGACCGAGCGGCCCCCAACUGGGCUCGCACCGGCGACCAGAUCGACACUCACGACAUCUCUCGCUGGCCCACCGACAUAUCCCGUGAUAUCAUUCCAUUUGGCUGCCACUCUCAUAAUGACUACUGGCGCCGCGUACCUCUCUACUCGGCCUUACAGGCAGGCUGUAUCGGCAUCGAGGCGGACGUUUGGCUAUUCGACAACGAGCUCUACAUCGGCCACACUAGCACCUCCUUAACGUCGCGCCGCACCCUGCGCUCGAUGUACAUUGACCCACUGGUCCGCAUCCUUGAGAACCAGAACCCCAGCACCCCAUUCCAACGCUUCGUCAGCAAGCCCCCGCAUGGCGUAUUCGACACAGACCCCGAGCAAACGCUGAUCCUUCUCAUCGAUUUCAAAACCGACGGUGUCGCAACUUGGCCUGCAGUCUCCGAGCAGCUCGCCCCUCUGCGAGACAGGGGAUACCUCACGCAUUUUAAUGGGCGCGAGGUCGUCCCCGGGCCCAUCACCGUGGUCGGAACCGGCAACACACCCUUCAAUCUGACUAUCGCGAACUCCACGUACCGUGAUAUCUUCUUCGAUGCGCCACUGGACAAGUUGGUCGAUAUCGAGAACUCGGAUGACGAGCUGGUAUCUUUCUCUUCUGCCAAGGGACCUACCGGUCUUGGCCAAGGCUUGUCUGGUAUGCCGGAUAUCAUCACGGCAAAUACGUUCAAUACUACAAAUAGCCUUUACGCUUCUGUGGAUUUCAAGGCAGCAAUCGGGUUUCCUUGGCCGUUUCAUUUCUCGAAGCAUCAGAUCGACUUGAUUCGUACCCAUGUGCGAGUUGCGCAUCAGCAUGGCCUUAAGGUGCGGUAUUGGGGUUUGCCAAGUUGGCCGCGGAGCUUGCGAAAUCAUAUCUGGCGGAUUCUUGUCCAAGAGGGAGUUGAUUUAUUGAAUGUGGAUGAUUUAGUUGAGGCUACUAAAGGUAACUGGGAGAUUAAGAUCUUUGCCUGGUGGAAGUAG